GGAGGGGGCAGCUGGUGUUGAUGAACUGGGCGAGAUGAUGGAGGUCCAUGCAAGUGGGCUGUAAUAUUAAACCCCUCUCUCGCCUUCCCUCACCAGGCGCAAAUCAGGCCCACUUCUUUCUCUUGCUUCUCCUUUAUUGUCAUCUACACUCUCUCUCUACCUAACCAACUUUUUUGUUGUUUCUGAAGAGAGAGAAGAAGAGAGUGUUUUGCUGCCUGUUCUAUUCUGUUCAGUCGGAUACCUAUCUGAUUACGUGUGUCUGCCGAAUAUCAACGGUUUUUUGCUCUGAGGACUCACCACACCACGCACCCACCCACCGAGCCACGCGAUUUACUGCUUGCGCAUCACCGAUCGAGUUCCUUUUUUUUUUUAGGGAGUUUAGACAACAUCCACAAGAAAACCGCAAUCAUGGUGAGUUUUGGAUUUAAAGGGGAGGGAGGGUGAGGGGAUUGGGAGGGGGAGGGGGUUGAUGGGAUUGGGUGCUUGUUUGGUUUUGCUUGCGCGCAUGAUCCCCGCUUGUUGUUGGAUGGGAGAUGAUGCGCGCCGAGGGAACGAACAGCUUUCGAGGAGGUGGUGUGCACGAUAGCCGACGACGACAUGAUAGCUGACAUGAUUCUUUCUCUCUCGCAGUCUCAAUCCGGGUUAGUAGUACCGCCUUCUGUUCUAUGAUGUCCAACUACCCUUCUGCGAGCGAGGCCCACCACCGCCGAAUCGACCGUCAUCACAGCCCAACAUACUUCCCCCUCUGAGUCUUCCACCACCAACCCAGAUGGCUAACCACACACAUGCAUCAAACAGCGCCACCGUCAACGAGGAGUGCAUAACCGCCUACAACGACCUCAAGCUCAACAAGAAGUACAAGUACGUCAUCUUCAAGCUCUCGGACGACAACAAGGAGAUUGUCGUCGACAGCACCUCGGAGAGCAGCCCCGAGUACGACGACUUUCGCAAGAAGCUCAUCAACGCCAAGACGAAGAGCAAGACCGGCGCCGUAGGCAAGGGUCCCCGCUACGCUGUCUACGACUUUGAGUAUAAUCUCGCUUCUGGGGAGGGUGUCCGGAACAAGAUCACCUUCAUCGCUUGGUCCCCUGAUGAUGCCGGUAUCAUGGCCAAGAUGGUCUACGCCUCCUCCAAGGAGGCUCUCAAGCGCGCCCUCCCCGGCAUCGCCACCGAGGUCCAAGCCAACGACGCCGACGACAUCGAGUACGAUUCGCUCGUCAAGACGGUGAGCAAGGGGACUGCUGCUUAAUUUUUUGUUUUUUUGGCGGCGCGGCGGUCGAGUUGUUGUGUGACAAAGGAGAGGGGAUAAACAUGGUCAUAUCAGAGAAAUGGUUAUGUUGUUAUACGCGAGUAAGCGGGAAGGAUGGUGGUGGUGGUGAUGGUGGUGGUGGUGGUUAAGGUAGAGGAGGAGCAUGCUGUAGUUGUCUGAACUGAUAUUGCGAGUUU